UUAGUAAAAAGUAAUAAUUGUGUGGAUUCAAGUUUGAAAGUAAGUGAAGAUAUUUGUGAACUUUUAGAUUUAGAAUUAGAAUUGGAAGGUAGUAUGGAUCUAGAAGUAAUUGAGGAUAAUUUUGGGCCUGUUUUAAGGCUUGAAUUAGGUGGUUUAGGUUUGAAAGUAAGAGAAAAUAGUAAAGGUUUAGUAAAAAGUAAUGGUAGUAUAAAUUCAGAUUUGAAACUAGUGAAAAGUAGAUCUAGUGUAGUAUCAGAUUUUGGGUCAGGUUCUGUAUAUUCAUUAAGUUUUGAAAAAGAUGAUAUUACUGAGUUGUAUAUUGGCUUACAAUUUGAUUCUUGGAAAGCUGCUGAAUAUUACAUAAAGGAAUAUGAAAGAAAAAAGAAAUUUGCAGUUAAAAAAUAUCGUGUUCAAUUCUCAGCUGACCAAUUAGUAAAAAAAAGAACAUUUGUAUAUGAAAAGACUGGAAUAUAUAAACCUAAUAAAGUGAAACCAUCAAAUCAACAAUGCAAUAAAGGGACACAAGCCUUUAUAAAUGAUGAGACACAAGAAAGUUAUGAGUGGAUAUUACAACAGACAUUAAAUGCAACUGGUCUUGAACCACAAGUUAUUUUAACAGAUAUAGACCCAGCUAUGGAUGCUGCUUCUGUUUCUGCUAGUUCUUCUAUGGCUAAUAUAGUAGAAGCAUUAGAUUCUCGAAUGCAACAAGAAGCUAUGAAUAAGAGUUUUAUGGCUUGA